GUGUCAUUUGGUUGUUUACAAAGUACUCCAAAUUCUCCGAAAAUUCAGGGCAGCUUUCACCCCAAGGAACGAACAGCAGGAAUCAUCCAGCAAACAGUCAACCGAAGUGGGCCAAGAUGCAGUUAGCCAUUGCAACUCUUCUAAGUACCCUACUAGUGUACACAUCCAAUGCCGGCUCGGGAGGUUGGGACCACGACCCGACUUCUAUGAUUGGGCCGAAGUACUGGGGUAACGUUUCUGCAAUCUGUAGAGAUGGUCGGAAGCAAUCACCAAUAAAUAUUGUCCCACCGUCAACAAUCUACCAGCCAUAUCCUGCUUUGAACCUAACAGUGCCAGAGGGCAACGCGGUGUUCAAGUUCGGAAACGGAGGCCAUGAUGUAUCAGGUCACCCGGUCGUCUCUUCGGGGGGCAAUAUCCUGUUGCGUGGUGGCCCGCUAGGCGCUGCCUACAAACUCCACAAUAUACACAUCCACUAUGGAAAUAAAAGCAUGCCGGCCUCUGAGCAUUCAGUUGAAAGGGCCCGCACUACCGGCGAGCUUCAUGCCGUUUUCUACAACUCAAGCUUCACUACCUUGAGCGAUGCAGCUGCGGACAACAGUUCCAGCGCUAUUGCUGUGAUUGGUAUUCGCUUCGCCGCUGGCUUAUGGGUAAACGAGAGCUACUAUCAUGCGGGACUCCAGUCGUUCUUCGAGAACGUCGCCAGCCUCACAUACAAGGGGAACGAAACAACGCACAGUUUCAACAUGUCCGAUCUCCUACGCCCUGAAGAUAUAGAUCGCUUCUACACAUAUGAGGGGUCCUUGACAACGCCGAACUGCCAAGAAACCGUUCAGUGGUUGGUGAUGGAGAAAACGCAGUACGUCCGGUCCACUCUGAUUGACGCGAUCUCGCACUUUCGCUCCGGAAGCACCCUGACGUCCAAGCUCAUCAUCGGAAAUGCUCGGCCAGUGCAGGCCUUGAACGGUCGAACCAUCUACAGGAAUUUCCAGAUACCCCAAAGUGAACCUUCAAUUGCACCGUCUACUUGGAGAACGGGGAACGCGCCUGCUAGUACUACACCUGUAGUAUCGACAACCACCUCAGGUGUUUCACCAAUAGCAGCAGCGCCUGUUGUCCUGACAACGACCGUCCUCGUGUUCACUUUUGCAACACUGAAAAACUGACCAGCUAAAUAUUCCUGUAUGGCAGGUGAAAGAGGAGAUGCAUGAGUACUUCCACACCACAAGUGACUGCGAAUUCUUCGAAAAUCUCCUUUCUGUCUUGGCUGCACUUUUAAAGUAGCGUUUUCGCUUGCUGACUGUGCACAUUGGGCGCGUGUCUUUUACAAACCUUUAUAGCUAACUGUACUAGACUUCUGGCCAUCCAAUGCUCAAGGUUUUUAUUCUCACAUACAUACACUGGACAUGGUCUCGAACGCUGAGAGUGUGUGCUAGCCUAUCUGCACUCUACUACAUAUUCUGAAUGUGUACACAUUGUAGGCGUGAGAUGCCUAGUGGAACAACAGCCAUUUGACUUGCAUUUAAAAAAACUCACUGCCAUUUUUAUUUUUUCAAAAAAAUAUUCACACUUCAGAGUUGCUUCGGUAGUCUUCCAGUGGUAAUAAUGAUGUAGUGUA